GGGAGGCAAGUGUGCACAUCUCUUUCCCCAGCGCCCAGGCUCUCUGCGGCCCCUGGCUGGGUAAGGGGUGUGAUGUGGGAGUGGGGUGGGAGGGGGUAGCAGGCGGGGCCUGCCACGUCACUUGGAGAGUGUGUUGGGGAGGAAGGGCAGCGCGCAGAGCCGAGCUUGCUGCGGCUGCUGUUGCUGCUGCUGCUGUUGCUGUGGCUGCACCCAAGGCUUGAAGCUGUGGGGAGGUGGGUCCGGCGCUCAGGCAUCCGGGCAGCCCCAGGGCGGUCUCCAGGGCCUGUCGAACACCUCAGAGGAGAAGGAGUCGGCUAGAACCCGACCUUGGCCAGACGGAGCUCGGUGCGGACGUAGGGCGGAGGCGGAGGCCGUGCUGGGGCAGGAGUCCUUGGCGAGCCGAAAGGAGGCGCAUCUGGCGCUUGGGUGCCAGCGGCAGCCAGGGGUCUAGAGCAGCUGGACCAGCGCACAGGGAGCCGGGAAGAGCCAGCAGGUCGGGUGGUCGGUCCCCUGUGCCCGGGAGCCGGGUCUAGGCACCACUGAAAGCUAAACCACGCGCUUUUUCGGGCAGCCGGUUUCUCACGUGCGACAGUUUGCGGGUUUCAGGCAUCCCGGUAAUCUCCAGCACCCCGGCGCGGCUUACUGGAAGCCAGAGCCACAUCUUCUGCUCCCAGAUCUCCUCUCAGACCUAGGCUGGCGGAGGGACCAGCUGCAGGGCUCCCGGACCCAACCCGCAGGUCAGUGCGCUAGCCCCACCCUGAAGGAGGGCGCAGCCGGAGCUGGGAAGUGGGUGCCGCACUCCGGAGCUCGUGGCGUGGGCGCCGUCCUAGUGGCGGGGAGCGCACUGCCGAGGGGACAUGAGAUCGGAGAAAUCCCUUACGCUGGCGGCGCCGGGGGAGGUCCGUGGGCCGGAGGGGGAGCAACAGGAUGCGGGAGAGUUCCCGGAGGCCGGCGGCGGCGGCGGCUGCUGUAGUAGUGAGCGGCUGGUGAUCAACAUCUCCGGGUUGCGCUUCGAGACGCAGCUGCGCACCCUAUCACUGUUCCCUGACACAUUGCUAGGAGACCCCGGCCGCCGAGUCCGCUUCUUUGAUCCCCUGAGGAAUGAGUACUUCUUCGAUCGCAAUCGGCCCAGCUUCGAUGCCAUCCUCUACUACUACCAGUCCGGGGGCCGCCUGCGUAGGCCGGUCAACGUGCCCCUGGACAUCUUUCUGGAAGAGAUCCGCUUCUAUCAGCUGGGGGAUGAAGCCCUGGCGGCCUUCCGGGAGGACGAGGGCUGCCUGCCAGAAGGUGGUGAGGACGAGAAACCACUCCCCUCCCAACCCUUCCAGCGCCAGGUCUGGCUUCUCUUUGAGUACCCGGAGAGCUCCGGGCCUGCCCGGGGCAUCGCCAUCGUCUCCGUGUUGGUUAUUCUCAUCUCCAUCGUUAUCUUUUGCCUGGAGACCCUGCCCCAGUUCCGUGCAGAUGGGCGCGGGGGAGGCAGUGAAGGUGGUGUGAGCCGCCCUUCCCCAGUCUCCAGAGGGAGCCAUGAGGAAGAUGAGGAGGAAGAGGACCCCUUUCAUGCCGGCAUCCCCCCUGGGGGGAUGGGGACAGGGGGUGUGUCCUCACUCAGUACUCUUGGGGGCUCCUUCUUCACAGACCCCUUCUUCCUGGUGGAAACUCUGUGUAUCGUCUGGUUCACUUUUGAGCUCCUGGUACGCUUCUCUGCCUGCCCCAGCAAGCCUGCCUUCUUCCGCAAUAUCAUGAACAUCAUUGAUUUGGUGGCCAUCUUCCCUUACUUCAUCACCCUGGGCACUGAGCUUGUGCAGCGACACGAGCAACAACCAGCGAGUGGUGGGGGUGGCCAGAACGGGCAGCAGGCCAUGUCCCUGGCCAUCCUCAGGGUGAUUCGCCUGGUCCGGGUGUUCCGCAUCUUCAAGCUCUCCCGCCACUCCAAGGGGCUGCAGAUCCUGGGCAAGACCUUGCAGGCCUCCAUGAGGGAGCUGGGCUUGCUCAUCUUCUUCCUCUUCAUCGGAGUCAUCCUCUUCUCCAGUGCAGUCUACUUCGCAGAGGCCGAUGAUGACGACUCGCUCUUCCCCAGCAUCCCAGAUGCCUUCUGGUGGGCAGUGGUGACAAUGACCACUGUAGGUUAUGGGGACAUGUACCCCAUGACUGUGGGGGGCAAGAUCGUGGGCUCUCUGUGUGCCAUCGCUGGGGUCCUCACCAUUGCCCUGCCUGUGCCAGUCAUCGUCUCCAACUUUAACUACUUCUACCACCGAGAGACAGAGCAGGAGGAGCAAGGCCAAUAUACCCAUGUCACUUGUGGGCAGCCUACACCGGACCUGAAGGCAACAGAUAACGGACUUAGCAAGCCAGACUUCCCCGACGCCACCCGAGAACGGAGGCCUAGCUACCUCCCCACUCCACAUCGGGCAUAUGCAGAGAAAAGGAUGCUCACAGAGGUUUGACAGAUGUGGGCAGGGCCUGCAGGAAAAGGGGAGCUCUGAGCAAGCCAUCUCUCAGGCUUCCUUCUCAUGCUUACUACCUUCACUAGCUCCAGUUGACCUCUGACUCCCUCUCCAUGCACCUAGGACAUGGCAUCCUGGACCAAAUACCUGGACUGUAGACUGCUGUUGCUUGAUCCUUACAGCAUUCAAGAUUUCUCCAUCUAAGGAACAUUAUGGAAAUUUCAAUGGUGCCACCCAAUCAUGCCCAUCUGUCAAGUGGAUGAGAUAUACAUUUCUUUCAGUCCUUCCCUCCAGACUCUGAUUUUUCAUGCCUGGGACUUGUAAUAUCUCUAGGAAUGGUGAUUUCGGUAGGAUAGAAACCAGCCAUACUUGGGUCCCUUCUUUAGCUCCGCAUUGGGGCAUGCACCUUUCUUAGCUUCUGGUGACUUGGUCACUGACAGAAGCUGGAGCCUGGAACUAGAAUUCAACUUGCCAUUUUAGUCCAGUGCCCUGUCAAAUCUGGCCAUCCUGCAGAGGACCCUGGACAGAGCUCUUAAUUGCACAGCCUCAGAAGAAUUUGUGUCUUAUUUUGGAUGGAAUUAGGGAAAAUAGAGUUGGAGAAAAUACAAUCCAACUGGACCACUGGAGGACAUGAGGGUCGGUUCUAGCCCAAAGGGACCAGUGGAUUCUCCUAGGUAUGAGCUGGCACAGGAGACACUGGCUUUGGUCCACAUUAGUCUUCCCUGCUCUGAUUGUGACUCUCUUUGAGCUUCCAGGAAGGCUCCUUCUCAGAGCCAAAUAUUCUUUCUGUGCAAGUGCCUUCCUGUGCUGAGGAACUGGAAAAUGGAACCACAGAGCCAGGAGAAAAGACUGAACAGAGCCAAGCAACUGACUGGACCAUGCAAUUGAAGCCAGGGAACACUUAGCAGAAACUGUCACCUCAGAGGGGAAGAGGGACUCUGCUGCAGAAAGCAACCUUAUUUUCCCUCUUUAACACGAACCUCAUCUUUCUUCCUGGGAAUCUGACCUAGGAUUGCAGUUGAAAAUGUUCUAAAGCAACCCCAGCUUUAAUCAGUCUGCAGACAGGCGAGUGCAUACAUUGGAUGCCAGCAUAGGUUUCUUCCCACGCCAUGCCACAGGCAGUGGCAUGCAGUUUUAGAGUCAGUAACAAGCAGGGUCCCUUUGCUGCAGGCCUUACUCUUAGAGGGUUUUGCUGAGUCAAGAAAACCUUUGCCUGCUCUGUCCCUCCCACAGAGCUGCAUCAGGCCUGCUCUAACUGAUAAGGUAACUCGGUAGUUCCACCUGGACCAAGCCAUCUCCUUCCUUUGUGAAACCACUGCCACCUCUUCCAGCUGCCCACUGCCCCCUCCCAGCUGCCCACUGCCUCUCUCCCAGCUUCCCACUGCCCUCCUCUCAAUUGCCCAGUACCCCCUCCCAGCUGCCCUCUUUCCCCUCCCAACUGCCCACUGCCCCUUCCCAGCUGCCCUCUUUCCCCUCCCAACUGCCCACUGCCCCCUCCCAGCUGCCCACUGCCUCUCUCUGAGCUGCACACUGCUCCCUCUCACCUGCCCACUCCCCCAUCCCAGCUGCCCACUGCCCUCUCCCCUCCCAGUAACAUUGCCGUCUGGUUUUUGCCAUUGAUAAACUGUGAUAUGCUGUUCUCAGCUCUUCUGGGUACAGUUCUGAAAUGGAAAGGACUGUUAACACAUUUUUAAUUUUAUAUCUAUGCUUUAAGACUCUUCUAUGGGAAUUUUUUUUAAGAUGAUUUUCUUGAAGAGCAACUUUUGAGGGCCUGACUCUGGGAUGUGGUUUGAGAGGCAGUCUGGCUUUGAUGAGUGCCAGGUCACAACUUGGAUUUUGUCACAGCUUUACAGGGUAACUUUGAUGUCACAGUCCCUGUUUGUGCCUCAGUUUCCCCACCCAUUAAAUGAGAAUAUUAAUGUCUUCCCCUCCCUACCUCAUGGGGAAUAUCAAUAAACUCAUCCAGGAAGGUGAGGGAGAUGCUAUGCAAAUGUGUGAAUUAUAGUAAUGGAUUUGAAUUUUAGCUCAUUAUCCUGCCUUCCUAUCUCACAGAGGCAAGUCUUUCCCUCACAGGUUUCUGCCUUGGCUCCAAACCCUAAGAAUGGAAGGUUGUGAAACAUUAGCUUUCAUUUCUUUUUGGCCUUUUGGCCUCCUGGGCUUCUGUUCUUUCUCUUAGCCUUCAGAAUGGAGUAUAAUCUUGAGAUAGGCUAGGUGGAAUCGUUCUAGGGCCAGAGGUCACUUUCUGUGGAACUUGGCUUCUCCAAACUUGCAACACAGUAGGAGACAAGAGAUGUUCAUGACUCUGAAAUCUCUUCCAAGGCCAGAAAGUGCUAUUUUUUCCUAACUUCUUCAAUUACUCCUGAGCCCACCCAGUGGCCAAAGGGAUGCCCCAGCUGAGGGUAAAUGUGGGGAUAUGAAUUCAUACACCUGAGUGUGUGUGUGUGUGUGUGUGUGUGUGUGUGUGUGUGUUUCAUGA